AUGGAUAGAAGAAACCCCCAGAACAACAGGGGAAACCCCAGGCCAUUUGACCAUGUAGCAUUAACUGACCGAACUUACAGAGAGAUCCUCUGCAGAAAUGGCCGGAUAAACGGCCUGCGUGAGUUUCGCAGCGCAUUUGAGCAGGAGAGGGUGAGCUUUAUUCACAGUAUACACAAAGAAAAAGACAAGGUCAAACGUCUUGAGGAGUUACUGAGUCACAUCGACUCAGGGAAUGACCAACAGCUGAAAAGGCAAUUUGACACCAUCAAGAACUGUGAGGCAGAAAUCUCACGUCUAAAGAAGAAUAUGGAAGCUGCAGAGUGUCAACACAAUCAGCAGGUGGACAUUAUUCUAGCAAGACAUGAAGUAGAGAAAGGACUACUCUCAGACCAGAGCAACCAGGGAACAUCCGACAGCCAUGCCAGCGAUGGUCCUCUGCAGUUGGAUGGAGAGACUACAAAACUGCUGAUGAGGAAAGGGGAUGAACUCUUAGAGUGUGUGACAGUCUGGGAGCAAAGAUACAGCGCUUUGGAGGAGACGAUGGAAGCUGCAGAGCGGCAACACAAGCAGCAGCUGGACAAGAAAGUGGCAUGGUAUGAGGCACAGACAGGAAAGCUCUCAGACCAGAAGCACCAGGGGAGGGAGACCAUAAACCUGCUGAUGAGCAAAGAGGAAGAACUCAUUCAGUUCGUGAAAGUCUUGUUGGGUAAAAACAGCGCUCUGAAGGAGAAGAUGGAAGCUGGAGAGCAUCAACACAAGCAGCAGAUGGACACCAUGGUGGCACACCAGCAGGAGCUCUCAGACCAGAGCAACCAGGCCAACCUGGAGACAUUAAACCUGCUGCACAGAAGAGAGAAAGAACUCCUUCAGUGCGAGGAAAAGUUCACCAAGAACCUGGCCGAGAAACACCAAACCUGGGAGAGCGAGAAACAACAGAUGGAGACAAAAUUUAAAGAGGUGUCUCAGGAGAAGAACGACCUGGCCAAGGAAAACUUGAGCUGGGAGACUGAGUUUAAACAGGUGGAGACUAAUCUAAAAAAGGUGGAGAAGCAGAAAAAUCACCUUGCCAAGAAAAACAAAAGCUGGGAGAGGGAUUUCAAACAGCUGAAAGAGCAGAAGGACAUGUUCUCCAAAGAUCUGGCCCAGAACUCAGAGACCUGGGAAACCAAGGUUACUUUGGUGGACACCAAAUUAAAAGAGGUGACUCAGGAGAAGGACGACCUGGCACAGCAACACCAGAGCAGCGAGAAGGAACUGAAAGAGGUUCAGGCUGAACUACAAAUGGUCGAGGAUGAGAAAAAGGAAUCAGACAAGAAAAACCUGAGCCUGGAGAAGGAAGUGAAACUGAAGGACAGGAAAGUCAAGCAGUUGGAGAACGAUUUGGAGGAACAGAAGGAAAAGUUAACCAGAGACCUGGCUGAGAAACACCAGAGCUGGGAGCUGUUUGUCAAACGGAAUGAGAGGCAUGUCAAGCAGCUGAAGAUCCAAUUGGAAGAGCAGAAGGAGAUGUUCUCCAAAGAUCUGGCCCAGAACCAAGACAGCUGGGAAACCAAGGUUAAUUUGGUGGAGACCAAAUUAAAAGAGGUGACUCAGGAGAAGGACGACCUGGCCCAGCAACACCAGAACCGGGAGACUGAACUGAAAGAGGUUCAGGCCGAAUUCAAAACGGUCGAAGAUAAGAAGAACCAGAGCUGGGAGAGGGAAGUCAAACUGAUGGAGACAAAAGUCAAACAGUUUGAGGAGCAGAUGAAGGAGCAGAAGGGAAAGUUCUCCAAAGACAUGGCCCAGAAACAGCAAAGCUGGGAGACGAAGGAGAAGAAGAUGGAGGAGGAGAAGAAACUUCUGGAAGACCUCUCUCUUCACAUGAAGAACAAGAGGAGAGGUUUGUUCUCCCGCAGGAGGGACAUGGAGGACAGAGACGUCACCUUGCAGAAAAUGCUAAGCAAGAUGCAAGAGAAGGAGAUGAAGAAGGAAUCAAGUUGGGGGGGAGCUGAGGCGAGUAACACCUCAGAGGAGACGGUGAAGACGGAGGACGCUUCUGGUGAUUCAGCUCCGGCUGGACAACAGUAA